GCAGCGCGACGUUUAGGGGCAUCAUGCAGGACCAUCAAACGACAAAAGGGCCAAAAUGUAAUGGAUAAACAGCCUUGCACCGCUUGCUGAAAGUAGGUGUGUUUUGGAUUCUUGAAGAAAAAAAAAAACUAUGCGUAAAGUUUCAGCCGCGCAUAACGGAGGUUCAGCAAGCUGUGCGUAAAAGUCAGACAGUGAGGACAGAAGUAAAACUUCGGGGGAUUUCUUCUAUAAGAUGGAUGUGAAAGGCUGAACAGGGAAGAAGAAAAUAACUAUUAUUUAUCUGAGCGUUAAUGUUGCUUUACGGGAGUCGCGCCUUGAAUCUGUCUGGUGCGCAAACUAAAAAAGUGGGACAAGCUCCUUCUGCCAUGCGUCUGUUAUGAUCGAGGUUCUCUGAUGCCACUUCUCCAGCGGAGACUGGAUCCACAUUUCACCGUUCACACCCUGCAGUCUACCUCUUAUCAUCAACUUUAUUCCGGACAUGGAGGAAAGCGUUGAGCGCGCGACGGGCAACAGCUGUCAAGACGCGGAGAGCGUUAACCUCAGCGUACUCAACUGGGAGCAAGUGCAACGUCUGGACGCCAUCCUCACGGGCUCCAUACCCAUCCACGGCCGAUGGAGCUUCCCCACGCUGGAGGUGAAGCCACGGGAUAUCGUCAAUGUGGUCCGCAGCCGCAUGGAGGAGAAACGGAUCCACGUCCGGGAAGUGCGCCUGAACGGAUCCGCGGCCAGCUACGUCUUGCAUGAAGACAGCGGUCUGGGAUGGAAAGAUCUGGACUUAAUAUUCUGCGCGGACCUGAAGGGAGAGUUUGAGUUUCAGUUGGUGAAAGAGUUGGUGCUAGACUCUCUUCUAGACUUCCUGCCUGAAGGGGUUAAUAAAGAGAAGAUCACACCUCUGACCUUAAAGGAAGCUUAUGUGCAGAAGAUGGUGAAGGUUUGCAAUGACUCAGACCGCUGGAGUCUUAUCUCCCUCUCCAACAACCAUGGCAAAAAUGUGGAGCUGAAGUUCGUGGACUCUCUUCGACGGCAGUUUGAGUUCAGCGUUGACUCCUUCCAGAUCCGCCUUGACUCCCUUCUUCUCUUCUAUGAGUGCUCCGAACACCCGAUGGCUGCCAACUUCCACCCCACGAUCAUUGGCGAGAGCGUCUAUGGAGAUUUUCCAACCGCCCUCGAUCACCUUCGCAAGCGACUCAUCUGCACUCGAAGCCCUGAAGAGAUCCGUGGCGGGGGUUUGCUCAAGUACUGCCACCUGUUGGUGCGAGGUUUCCGUGCGGCGUCUGACACAGAGAUGAAACUUUUGCAGCGGUACAUGUGCUCACGCUUCUUCAUAGAUUUCCCUGAUGUGGGCGAGCAGCGCAGAAAGUUGGAGUCCUAUCUGCAGAACCACUUUGUAGACCUGGAGGAGAGGAAGUAUGACUAUUUGGCCACGCUGUAUGACGUGGUGCAGGAGAGCACGGUGUGCUUGAUGGGACAUGAGAGACGUCAGACUCUCAGCCUCAUCUCGUCGCUGGCGCUUCGAGUCCUAGCUGAGCAGAACGCCAUCCUCAGUGCUGCCAAUGUCACAUGCUUCUACCAGCCUGCUCCUUACGUUUCAGAUGGAAACUUCAGCAACUAUUAUGUAGCGCAGGUUCAGCCUGUCUAUUCUUGUCCACCUUCAUCUCCUCAGCAGUACUUUACUCCUUUGCAGCAUUCUUGGUAUGCUGCCUGGAUGCCCUGUAACUAAACUCUAAAUAUGCCCAUUUAUGUCUUUUGGAACUCAUGUCAGCAAGAAAAGAAUGACUCAUCUUAUUUUUUUUUUUUUUCAAAUGGGAAGUUGAGGGAAAUAAAGAGAAGUUGAGAAAUGAAUGAAAGAAUUGGAAGAAUAAGAAGGAGAUCGGGUCAAGGAGUUUAGCCUGAAAGAAGCAUUUUGCUGGGAUUAGGUUUGAAGAAAGGAGACCCAAUUGAUUGGUUUGUAGAUUCUGGAAAUUAGAUGUCUUCAGGGCAACAAUGACAUCCAGAUUAAGAUCAUUUUCUACAUGUCUUACAGCUUACAAUAAGGUUUAUAGAAAUAUGAACAUUUGCAUUAAUGAAACAAAAAAUAUCCCUAAUGAAAAUGCGUAUUGAAUCACAUGGUUUCUUCUGCUUUGUACAUGUUUGAAUGUGCAUAAGAGUGUGUCUGUUUGUGUGAAUAUUUUCAGACAAUGCAAAAAAGAGGAACUAGUUACUGUUUACAAAUCCAAAUAUCUGCUUUAAUACUAGAGUUCUUUUAAACUCUAAACAGUAAAAAGGAAUAAGAAACAACAAAACAAUGCAUGUUUUAUUUCUGUACAGGAAUAACAAUAAAGUGCCUAGACCAAGCUUAAAAGGAAAAUUUGCUUUUUCAAUCCAUUAUUAUAGAUAAGUAUUUUAUUUUUACACAAUACUGAAUGUAUUUAUGGAACUGAAAAUGUUUUCCCCAUGCUGAGUAAGGUCUCCUACACCCAGGGAGCAACCUCUUUUAUUAAACAAGAGUAGUUUAAGGCUGAGCUUAUCAGCACUUCUGCAGUACAACUGCGUUGUGAUUACCAAAGAGGAAGUAACAACAUAAUCUCAUUUUCUGUAGAAGCUGUGAAGGGGGAUGGGUGGUGAGUUGAAUCAAAAUCGAUGUAAAAUAUCUUUUAAUCAAAUAGCAGUUGGACAAAAAUGAGUAAAGCUUAUAAACGAUUAGAUGCAUUAAAAAGAGACAAUCAUGGAUUUUUUUUAAGGGGCAAGAAAUGUUACAAGAAGAAUUACGUGCCCAUUUCAUAAUGGUUUCAUCAUUGCACUCAUAUGUACACUAUACAUUAAGGAUGCAUUUUGAUACAUAAACCACUGUGUUGGAUUGUUUACAUAAAAAGACAUGAAAAUGAAUGUUUACAUAUGAAAUGUCACUUGGAUGUUCAAAAUUAAAAUAAAGAACAGCAAUCAAGCAAAAGAUAUCAAACUUAACUCGCCUUCCAUACAUAUUUAACAUGAUUCAAAGGGAAUAUAUUAGAAAAAUACACUGGAAAGUUAUGAAAAAGAUAAAUUUCAUAUAUUUUGGUCAAAUUUAACAAUUUAUGGAUGUGUGUCCCUCGCAAUCAUGUUUUCCGUGGUACGUUAACAGCGUAGACAUGAAAAAAACGUUUUUCACAUUAUUCAGUGCAAAAUGUUAAAACAUUUAAAAGCUCCUCCGGAGACAGCAAAGUGCAAACAAUUGCUUUCAUUUAGCCCUAUGCACCGUAAUCUUUUAACCCAUGAUGCCUUGCAUGAGUUUUGUUGGCUUCAUUAACAGCAUCCAGACUGUCUAUUGUAGAUAUAAUAGAUAUAAAUAUUAACAAAUAAUGGUCCAUAAAUCAAAAUAAAAUUUUAUAAUUUUUUCCAGUUUUAACUCCCCACGAAAUAUUUUGGAUGAUGACUAUUAGGUAUGGUCUCUGAUUGUAUAUACUAGCAUUAUUAGCUGCUCUGUAAAACUGUUAGAUUUGGAGGUUAAAAUAAGAUUUAAUCCACUGACUGCAGGGACAAUCCUAUUUCCUUUUGGGUGCAUGUUUAACACAAGGUAAAGCAGCUUGGUUAACAGUGCACCAAGCAGUAAUGUUGGAAUGUGGCCAGAUUUAAAAAGGAAUUGUCCGCAGGUGUCCCGAUAAUCAACAUUGGAAAAAUAAAAAUUUUGUUUAACUGUAAACCAGUUACUUUAAAAUACCAGCCCGCUACAUAGAACUGACUAUCAACGCUAACCAUCCCAUGGCAUUUCCUUCUAACUUGAUGAAAGUAAGUUAGGGAUUUGUUCACACCACGAAAAUCCUUUGGUCCACUUGUUUGAUUUGAUCACAUGUGUGACAAUCGUUGCUCCCAUCGCCGAAUAAUCUCACCUGAUCACAUCUUCAUUCC